CUCCAGAACACGGGUCAUUCUUCUAUCGAGCCGCUGAAGGGUGUCCAUCCAUCCAUCCUCUUACAGUCCGUAACCAUGACAACAGCCCCGGAUGGUGGCGCGCGAGGCUAGACAGGUGUUGGGUUGCGCAGAGGAGAGACACCCACGCGAUCGCUCCAUACUUUCCCAUGUAUCCUUCCUUCAUCUUCUGUCCGCGAGGAUCUCUAUCGGGAAUCACCAUGGUGCAUCAUUCUGGAUCCAUACAGUCCUUCAAGCAGCAGAAGGGUAUGCACACCAGCAUCAGUGAGAUUUUGAAGGAGAAAACGCUAAAGUCGUCCCGCCGCAGUUUGCCAUGUCUGGCUCAGAGUCAGACACAUCCUGAGAACCUCAAUCACUUCCUGUCUGUGCCUCUGAGUCCUGAACCCAAAACAUACAGUCACAGCGUCAGUGCCUCCUGCGCACACAUCAUACCUCCUCCCACAGACACAGGUCAGGAUGUCUAUAUGGAAGAGAGGGAGACGGGGGAUUUUGCACCUAAAACAGAUGAAACGCACCACGUCCAGCAGAAGCCGGUGUCCAGAGGAAAGCUAGAGGCCCGCACAGAAUCCAUACAGGGGAACCCCUCAGGAUUGAUGUUUAGAGAUGGGAAGAAGCGUAUCGACUACAUCUUGGUGUAUAAGAAAUCCAGCCUUCAGGUGGAGAAGAGGUGCACGUUUGAGAGGAACCUGCGGGCAGAAGGUCUAAUGCUGGAGAAGGAGCCCUCAUUAACCAACAGUGAUAUCCUGUUUGUGAAGAUUCAUGCACCAUGGGACACGCUGUGUAAAUAUGCAGAGCAAAUGAACAUUAGAAUGCCCUUCAGGAAAAAGUGUUACUUCAGAGACUGGAAGAAAAAAAAUAUGGGAAGUCAAUUUCAGCUGAGAUUUCGUCAGUUGAAAAGCUGGCUACCCAGGAACCCUAUGAAACUGGAUAAGGAGGCAUUACCAGAUCUGGAGGAAACGGAUUGCUACACCGCCCCCUUCAGCAGGGCCAGAGCGCACCACUUUACCAUCAACAACAGAGAGACGUUUUUCUCAAACUCAACCAGAAGCAGAAUAGUACAUCAUGUACUACAGCGCACAAAGUAUGAGGACGGGAAGUCUAAGAUGGGCAUUAAUCGGUUACUUGGCAACAGCACAUAUGAGGCAGCGUUUCCUCCACAUGAGGGAAGUUACAAAAGCAGACAUCCGAUUAAAACCCAUGGGGCUCAAAACCACAGACACCUUUUGUACGAAAGAUGGGCACGCUGGGGAAUCUGGUACAAAUACCAGCCUUUAGACCUCAUACGGCGGUACUUCGGAGAGAAGAUCGGGCUGUAUUUUGCCUGGUUGGGCUGGUAUACAGGUAUGCUGAUCCCUGCUGCUCUAGUUGGCCUCUUUGUCUUCCUCUAUGGGCUUUUCACUAUGGACUCCAGCCAAGUAAGUAAAGAGAUCUGUGAGGCCAACACCACCAUCAUGUGCCCCAUGUGUGAAGGCAACUGUAGCUCUUGGACGCUUAGUGACAGCUGUGUCUAUGCAAAGGUGACCCAUCUUUUUGAUAAUGGAGGCACAGUCUUCUUUGCUAUCUUCAUGGCAAUAUGGGCCACAGUAUUCCUUGAGUUCUGGAAGAGGAGAAGAGCGGAGUUAACCUACGACUGGGAUUUGAUUGACUGGGAGGAGGAGGAGGAGGAACUACGGCCCCAGUUUGAAGCCAAAUACUCCCGGAAGGAGAGGGUAAACCCUAUCUCAGGGAAACCAGAGCCCUUCCAGCCCUUCACAGACAAACUCAGCCGACUCAUGGUGUCUGUUUCGGGAAUCUUCUUCAUGAUCUCUCUGGUUCUGACAGCCGUGUUUGCCGUGGUGGUGUUCCGGCUCAUUGCCAUGGAGAAGUUUGCUUCUUUCCAGUGGGAGUUUGUGAAGAAGAACUGGCAAUUCGCCACCUCAGGCACUGGAGUCUGCAUCAACUUUAUGAUCAUAAUGUCUCUGAAUGUGGUCUAUGAGAAAGUGGCCUACCUACUUACAAACCUGGAACACCCACGGACAGAGUCGGAAUGGGAAAACAGCUUUGCCCUCAAGAUGUUCCUCUUCCAGUUUGUCAAUCUCAACAGCUCUACCUUCUACAUAGCUUUCUUUUUAGGGAGGUUUGCUGGCAGACCAGGGGAUUAUAAUAAGCUGUUUAACCGGUGGAGGAUGGAGGAGUGUCAUCCCAGUGGUUGUCUGAUCGACUUGUGCCUACAAAUGGGAGUGAUAAUGGUGUUGAAACAGAUCUGGAACAACUUCAUGGAGCUGGGCUACCCACUGUUGCAGAACUGGUGGUCUCGGCGUAAGAUGAAACGAGCAGGUGAGCAAAAUAACAGUAAAGAAGGGCUUCCGCAAUGGGAUAGAGACUGGAACUUACAGCCUAUGAACGCACAUGGCCUGGUGGACGAGUACCUGGAAAUGGUUCUGCAGUUUGGUUUCACUACAAUCUUUGUGGCGGCGUUUCCUCUGGCUCCUCUCCUGGCUCUGCUCAAUAACAUCAUUGAGAUCCGAUUAGACGCCUACAAGUUUGUCACGCAGUGGAGGAGACCGAUGCCCGCCCGCGCUACUGACAUCGGUAUCUGGCAUGGAAUCCUGGAGGGAAUUGGAGUUGUGGCUGUCAUAACAAACGCCUUUGUCAUUGCCAUCACUUCAGAUUACAUCCCUCGCUUCGUCUAUGCAUUCAAAUAUGGGCCCUGUGUGGACAAGGGUUACCGGCAUGAGAAAUGUCUAAGAGGAUACUUGAACAACAGCUUGUCUAUUUUUGACAUGAAUGGAUUGAAAAACGGAAGUUACCAAAAUCAGUACUGCAGAUAUCGAGAUUACAGAGCACCUCCAUGGAGUCCUGAACCCUACGAUUUCACCUUGCAGUUCUGGCAUGUUUUGGCUGCCAGACUAGCCUUCAUCAUCGUCUUUGAGCACCUUGUUUUUGGCAUUAAGACCUUCAUAGCCCACAUGAUUCCAGACAUGCCCAAAGACCUGAGUGAUCGCAUGCGCAGGGAGAAAUACCUAAUGCAAGAGAUGGUGUAUGAGGCGGAACUGGAGCACCUGCAGAAAGAGCGGAAAAAGAAUGGCAAACGUUAUCACCAUGAGUGGCCUUAGCCAUGCCUGACCAUAAAUACACAGAUAAAUGCCCACUGGAGAAUCACAUACCCUACCCACAAAAGCACAUAAAUGCUUGAAAGUGGUUAACAAACGUCUUUGCGCAACUGCAGCACAAAUGUGAACACAGGCAUUCAUGUAUGACCGUUCUGCUGCCUUGGAUGUCUGGCUGUAUUGACUCCAUGCAUGGACUGCCCACUUCAGAUUUUCAUUGCUAUAAUUAACCAGGGAGCGGAUUCAGUGUUUGUUUGAGGUCAAAACCUGAUCUCCGAGUGGGCCUUUAGAACCAGGAGUUGGCAGCUCUGCUCUGCACCAAAGAGGUUCUUCUCAGUCACAUGACCCCUGCCUGAGACCUCAAUUAUCCUGUUUUUCCAUCCUGCUGAUUGUGUUUACUCACUAGAGCAGUAGUUCUCAAACUGUACUGAUUGGAUACUUUAAAAAAAAGUUGGCUAGUUUAAGUUAAUUGGCUAAAAUUAGUUAUGAAAAGAACAAAACAGCAACCUGGCAAAAGAAAAAAAAUUGGUGGUUUGCCACAUUUAAAAGUUUGAGAACCACGGUAACGGAGAAAGCUCUGAUGAUGUUUCGUGGAUAUAAGAUCCAUUUGGAAAGAGUCGGAUUCAUUUGAAAGCAAGCGGAAAUGCAACAAAUUGGAUUUCCGAAAGCACAACUGGACCCGCCUGCCUUCUCAAUGGUCAAAAGAAAAAGUCUGUUCCAGAGUACACUGCUGAAAGAGUUCAAGGUGAAGGUCAUAUGAAGGAGUUUCACUUUUGCAAACCCUCGCUAUAUCCAUGUGCCGGAUCAUCAAGUUUUAAAUCAAUGGAUUACAGUGUUCUCUGAUACACAGUAAACUCAAGUGUGUAGAUGGGAAAUAACUUUGAAAAUAUUCAUUGAACACGCAUCCUUCCCAGCAUGGCCUGCAGAGAUGCGCUCUUUCAUCUGUGUCCUAUUAUAGUUCUGAAUGGAGCACUCGUGCGGUUGGAUUGUUUACUAUGCAGAUGAAGGGCUUUUGGAGUUCCUGUUCUCUGCUUGUCUACUUGUCUGCAUCUCUGUGCGUGGCAGCUAUCAUCCCGCUGUGAAGCAGAUCUCUACCUGGUGCCAGGCAAUGUGACGACGUUUACUUACGAACAUAUUUACCGAAUACGCCCUCUCUCUUCGCUUGCCAGCAUCUCACAUUGUGAUUCUUGUUACAAAAGUGGUUUCUGGUAAAAAAAAAAAAAAAAUUACCAAAUAAAAAUCAGUUUGUUUAUGCAAUUGAACGUUUUUUAUGUUCUACAUCGCCUUGAAAAGAUAUGCAGAUCUGUCUUUCAAUACAAUGUCAUUUUGUCUAGGCAAAAUAAAUUGCCAACUUUGGCAAAAUGGU